AUGUCCAACGGACAGAGAGCUGGAUUGCUGACAAAAUCAGAAAUUAAGGUAGAGGCACAAAAGGCACGAGAAGUGGAGAAAAGAGCUAUGGAGCGACUUAAAAAGGAAAGUAAAGGAGAAAAUGCAGAAACAGUAUACCGUGAUAAUUCAGGUCGUAAAGUGGAUCCAAAGGUUAAAAGAGCUGAGGAGGCCAGACUAAGAAAGGAAGAAAUAGAGAAAGAAGCAAGACGAAUGGAAUGGGGAAAGGGGUUGGUUCAAAGAAAGGAAGUUGAGGAAGAAAGAAGACGACUUAAUGAGGAAAAAGAUAAACCGAUGGCGAGAUAUGCCGAUGAUCAAGAUCUUAAUGAUGAGAUGAAGGAACGAGAGAGAUGGAAUGAUCCCGCUGCUGGGUUUCUGACUAAAAAGACUGGCAAGAAGAGCAAGGGUAAAAGACUAGUGAGACCAAGCUAUAAGGGAGCAUGGAAACCCAAUCGAUUUAUGAUUGCACCAGGGUAUCGGUGGGAUGGAGUGGAUAGAUCCACAGGAUUUGAAGAUAUAUUCCUAUUACAACAGAACCAAAGCAAAUCCCGAGCAGCGGAAGCUCAUGCUUGGGCGACAGAGGAUAUGUAA